CGCGCGCGGCGGAGCAGCGACGGCCGCCAUAUUAAGGAGCGCGGAGCCCGGCUUACGGGCAGCGGUGGCCGCGGCCGGACCCGGCGGAGCCGCGGGCAGCGGAGGCGGACCCGGUGUGAGCCGGAGGAGGCGGGGCCGGCGGAGCCAGCGGGCGACCAGAGCCAGCCAGGCUGACCUUGGCCGGUGGGCCACGCCUGCCCCACCCCACCAUGGACCAGGACUAUGAGCGGCGCCUCCUCCGGCAGAUUAUCAUCCAGAAUGAGAACACAAUGCCGGGUGUGGUGGAGAUGCGGCGAACCCUGACGCCCGCCAACUCCCCCGUGUCCUCCCCCAGCAAACACGGAGACCGCUUCAUCCCCUCGAGGGCGGGCGCCAACUGGAGCGUGAACUUCCACCGGAUCAAUGAGAACGAGAAGUCUCCCAGCCAGAACCGCAAAGCUAAGGAUGCCACCUCGGACAGCGGCAAAGACGGCCUGGCCUACUCGGCCCUGCUGAAGAACGAGCUGCUAGGAGCUGGCAUCGAGAAGGUGCAGGACCCACAGACAGAGGACCGCAGGCUGCAGCCCUCCACGCCCGAGAGGAAGGGCCUCUUCACGUAUUCCCUUAGCACCAAGCGCUCCAGCCCUGACGAUGGCAACGACGUGUCGCCCUACUCCUUGUCCCCCGUCAGCAACAAAAGUCAGAAGCUACUGCGGUCACCACGGAAACCUACCCGCAAAAUAUCCAAGAUCCCCUUCAAGGUCCUGGAUGCGCCUGAGCUGCAGGACGACUUCUACCUGAACCUGGUGGACUGGUCAUCUCUCAACGUGCUCAGCGUGGGGCUGGGGACCUGUGUGUACCUGUGGAGCGCCUGUACCAGCCAGGUGACCCGGCUCUGCGACCUCUCAGUGGAAGGAGACUCAGUGACCUCCGUGGGCUGGUCUGAGCGGGGGAACCUGGUGGCCGUCGGCACGCACAAGGGUUUCGUGCAGAUCUGGGAUGCAGCCGCAGGGAAGAAGCUGUCCAUGCUGGAAGGCCACACAGCGCGUGUGGGGGCACUGGCCUGGAACGCUGAUCAGCUCUCGUCUGGGAGCCGGGACCGCAUGAUCCUGCAGAGGGACAUCCGCACCCCUCCUGUGCAGGCAGAGCGGCGGCUGCAGGGCCACCGACAGGAGGUGUGCGGGCUCAAGUGGUCCACGGACCACCAGCUCCUCGCCUCAGGGGGCAACGACAACAAGCUGCUUGUCUGGAACCACUCGAGCCUGAGCCCCGUGCAGCAGUACACGGAGCACCUGGCGGCCGUGAAGGCUAUCGCCUGGUCCCCGCACCAGCACGGGCUGCUGGCUUCCGGCGGUGGCACAGCCGACCGCUGCAUCCGCUUCUGGAACACGCUCACGGGGCAGCCGCUGCAGUGCAUCGACACAGGCUCCCAGGUGUGCAACCUGGCCUGGUCCAAGCAUGCCAACGAGCUGGUGAGCACACACGGCUAUUCGCAGAACCAGAUCCUGGUCUGGAAGUACCCAUCCCUGACCCAGGUGGCCAAGCUCACCGGGCACUCCUACCGGGUCCUGUACCUGGCCAUGUCCCCGGAUGGAGAGGCCAUCGUCACUGGUGCUGGAGAUGAGACCCUGAGGUUCUGGAACGUCUUCAGCAAAACCCGCUCGACCAAGGAGUCCGUGUCAGUCCUCAACCUAUUCACCAGGAUCCGGUAAAACCUCGGUCCACGCUGUGCACGUGGGAAGAGCGCCCCCUCGUCAGAUGCAUGGACACACGCCCCCUCCCAGCACACCCAGAGGAAGGACCCGGGGCGGUGGGGGAGACCUAGAAGGUUCUCAUUAAAGCCUGAUUGUGAACCUUGGCAACCUGUUUGGUGCGGGACGUGGCCAGGCACCCACAGGAUGGGGCUGCGGCUCCCCACACUGGGUGCCCCAGCCCACCAGCUGUGUCGAGCGAGAGGAGGACCCCUGGGUCCCCCACCUGCCCCUGUGUUUCUGGCCCCGCCUCGUCGGGCUGCAUGCUCUUCCCAGAAGCACUUGCUCGCUGCUGCCACCACUGUCCACACCUGCCACCGGACAGGCAGCUGGAUGGACGCCAGACGCAUCGGCCAGGGGAGGGCCCACAGGAGGACCCGAGCAGCUGGCCUGGACCCACAGAGGGACUCUCCCGCCUGACGGGCUUCUUCACAGCCACCUGUGCUGCACCUGCCGCUGUCCCAGUGACUUGUGGGCAGAAUGCAGCCCAACAUCAGGAUCAGGCCCCACACGGCAAGAGGUCAUGUCAGGGUGGACUCGUCCGAGGAAAGCUGGAGUCAGACCUGCUUGUUAGUAUGCGUCGGCCCUGACCUGCACUGUCCCUGUCUGAUGGGCUCACCCCCUGUUCCGUCCCCACGUGGGACUGGGGUCCUUGUGACUCACCCUGUGUGCGGCCAGCCAGGGCAGCCUGAGGGCGGAAUUGGCCCCGAGGCUGGUCCUGCCGGCACCCGGCCUCUCCUCCAGGCCACCUGGGUUCUGUCCGUCUGUGCCACUGCUGGGCAGCCAGGGGUGGAGACACCUGCAGCUUCCCCCAGAAGCUUCCUGGGCUCCCCCCGACCCUGGUCCCACCUCAUUGGCCUCUGCCCUGUCUCCAGCCGCACCUGGGCCCACCUCCAGCCUCGUCUCCAGACCAGGGGAAAUUGAGAGGGGGCCGGGGGGCGGGGGGCCUGAGCAGCGCCCUUACCCCCUGCUGCUCCUUGGACCAGACAGCAGCAGUGGAAGUGGCCUGGGGGGGCCUCGGAGCCCUCCAGGUUCUGACACCCCGUGCCCGCCGUCCGCCUGCGCGUGCAUGUGUAGCCUUUGGGGUUUGUUUUUGUUGAUUAGUCCCAGAAGUGUUUGAGGCUAGCGGGGUGGGGUGGGGUGGGAGGCAGUGGCCUGGGGGAGAGGCCGUCACAGCUUCUAAAGCCGUCUCGUGGGACACGCGGUCAGCUGAACCCACCGGACCGCGGGGAACGUGGGGCCCAGCCUCCCCCGCCCCGUCUGCCGGCCACUGGACAGGUGACGGCCAGUGUACAUAGGUGUGUGUAUUUCAAUUGGUCGAGAUCUUAUUUUUGUUUGAAUCUUUUUUAAGAAAGUGGUCUGUCUCUACCGUACCCCCGCCCCACACGGUUGCCAAAGCCAGGAGCUGGCGCUGCUGGCGGGCCUGGGGCUGGGGCGGGGUGCCUGGCGCAGAGCCAGCCUUGUUUCUCAUGUAACACGGUGUCACUGUCAUUAAACCAGCUGUGGGUUCACACACAGCUUGAGCCGCC